GCUUCUUCCGUUUCCUUUAAGAUGUCUUUUCAUCUAUGGAGAACAAAACACAUUCAUUCUUUUCCGCAGAAGAUUUUCCGAUAUCUUUCGAAAUCCCAUGGAGAAGCUGUAUUCAGAUGGCAGGAUGCACUAAACUUGGACGAUGGUCUAUCUGAACAAGAGCACAUCAUUCGCGACCAAUGUCGCUCGUUUUGUCAAGAGAAACUCUUCCCGAGGGUGUUGCUUGCAAAUCGUUUGGAAGUGUUUGAUCGACACAUUUUAAAGGAAUUCGGAGAGUUGGGUUUGUUAGGGUCCUUCAUACCCGACUACGGAUGCGCUGGUGUGUCCUACGUUGCAUACGGUUUGAUUGCAAGAGAGGUAGAAAGAGUCGACAGUGGUUAUCGAUCGGCCUUCAGUGUUCAGUCUUCCUUGGUCAUGCUACCUAUAUGGAAGUUUGGUUCAGAAGACCAGAAGAAGACCUUCCUCCCCGGCCUCGCCAGUGGUGAGCUCGUUGGCUGCUUUGGCCUGACCGAACCGAAUCAUGGCAGUGACCCAGCUAGUAUGGAGACAUGCGCGGUCUAUGAUGCCAACAAAAAAGCUUUUGUCAUUUCGGGAUCAAAAACUUGGAUAACCAACGCUCCCAUAGCUGAUGUGUUCAUCAUUUGGGCGAAAACUUUACCAGAGAAUACGAUUCGUGGUUUCAUCCUUACUCGGGAAAUGCCUGGCAAGUUCUCAUUGCGUGCCAGCUCCACGGGAACCAUACACAUGGACGAAGUAGUGGUUCCGGAGACCAACAUGCUCCCCGGCGUGAAGGGACUGAAGGGCCCUUUUACAUGUUUGAAUAGUGCUCGGUAUGGAAUUGCUUGGGGUGUACUGGGAGCGGCGGAAUUCUGUCUUGACGCUGCCAGAGAAUACACACUGACUCGCCAACAGUUUGGCAGGCCGCUAGCUGCCAACCAGCUGGUACAAGUCAAACUGGCUGAUAUAAUGACCGAUGUCGCUUUGGGGUUGCAAGGUUGUGUUCAGGUCGGGCGUUUGAUGGAUGCUGGCAAAGCCACUCCGGAGAUGGUCAGCCUGAUCAAGCGCAACUCAACCGACAAGGCCCUGACUGCCGCACGUCUGGCUCGUGACAUGCUGGGUGCAAAUGGCGUGAGCGAUGAGUACCACGUGAUUCGCCAUGUGAUGAACCUCGAAUCUGUUAACACCUACGAAGGAACCCGUGAUAUUCACGCCCUCAUUUUGGGCAGAGCUAUCACGGGUAUCCAAGCAUUUACCUCCCAGUCGUGACUUUGUUGUUUCUCCCGUCGAUUUUCGGGUCCUUUUUAAAAACGAAACUCGUGUUUUCUACCAAAGACGUGAUUUUCCCUUAGCUCCUUUCAUUUUUGUAUCUACCACCCUAUCGGCAAUGUCAGAUUGACUAAUGUAUUUGAAGUGGAUAUUUUUAACUGCCUAUAGACCAGGUUUCUUCGUGUACUUGUGUCCUACAUCUAUUGACGUGUGAUAGUGUACGAAAAUUCCCCAAAAAGCUUUUUUAUACGAAGAGUGUCGUUAGACAAUGGUGUACACUCCUCAAUCGUACCCGACUUAUCGUUGGCAG